AUGGCUCAUUAUUCAAAGGAAGAGUUGGAUGAAGAAUUUGAGCAGUUUAUGAAAGAGCUUUCUGAUGAGUCUUUUGAAAACUCAAAUAAAGCACUGACACAACCUAAAGAAGAGAAGAUGAAAGAAGUACUGCCAUGGUGGUUAAGUGAAAAUGACUCUGAAGAUGGCGGAUUGCUUGCAACAAAUGUAAGCUAUAUUAAAACCAAGAAGACUUCUCAGCCUCUUACAAAAAUUGAAGAAGAGUGCACUGAAAGGAUUCAGUUUCUUAAGAGCAGUGGAACUUCUAUCUUAAGUAUUGACAGCUUAGAAACAAAUGAGAUAGUUUCUGAUCUUAAUCAUAGUGUUGUUGGAAUGGGAUUGGACACAUUAGAAGAACAAGAAGAAAAAGAACAGUUUUUUGCUAGACUUGAGAAAGGCUUAACAUCUUCCAUUGAUUAUUCAAGACUAAAUAAGGAAUUGGAUUUUAAUGACUCUGCACAUUUUAAAGAUUUACAUAGGAAUCAAUCUAAUAUAAAACUAGCUGAAGAUAAGCAUGAGAGUGAAUCAAAAUAUGAAGAACUGGCAGAAAACUACAGUGAUGAUUUUGAAGAUGAGGAAAUUGAUGUACCUUUGGCUACUAAAGAUGAAGAGAUUAAUUUUAAAGAAAAUUCAGAAAAAAUAAGUGUACCUGAAAAGGAAGAAGAGAAAACUGGAAUGUUGGCUAAUGUGGUGCUGAUUGAUUCAUUAGACUCCAUUGUAGAGUCCAAUCUUGAUGAAGAAAAUAAAGCAACAACUAAGCCCAUGGCCUUGCCAGAAGUGAAUGAGAGUGAAAUGGCAGGAACAGCUCUUUCUUACGGACAAAGCAAUAGUGACAUUGAAGCUCUGCAUCAGGCUUAUUGUCACAUAGCCCAUUCUUUGGGAGAUGCAGAAAAAAGAAUUGAGAGUACUGAGAUGGAAUAUAUCAAGAGCUCAAUGAAAGAACAUUUUCAAGAAAAUGAAGAGUCCUCUAAAAACAUCUCCACUACAGAAUCUGAUCUGCCAACUGUAGAGGAGCUGAUGAGACCUAUCAGAAUAGAUUCCACUGGGGUCAGGGAUUUUGAUUUCAAACCUGUCAGCUAUAAGAAAAUGGCUGAUAGUAAAGAAACUGAAUUUAUUAGCCCUUUCCCACUUGAGAUGAACCAAAAUAUUAUGUCUCAAGACCAACAAAAUGUAAACCAAUUUUCUCAUAGUAAUGAAGAAAAUAUAGAUUUGGAGAAGAUAAAAAAUGAAGCCAUAGAAAAUAAUAGUUCAAGAAUAAAUGCUAUGGAAGAACAUAUAGAUAAAAUGUGCCUUGAUAUGUUAAGGAAAAAAAUAUCUGUUGCUUCUUCAUUAUCACUUCAAGAUAACAAAAUAAAUAAAAGUUUGACAUCUCACCUCAGUUCUGAAGAAGGGACUGCAACUGAUAGACAGGUACCAUACAAAAAGGCCAGAAGUGUACCUCCUUUACUUAAAGGGAAAUCCCAGAGUGGAGUAUAUGCAUCAGUAAGAAGCUCAGGCUAUGGCAAACCCAAUUCAUCAUUCAAAGCAUUCUCUACUCUUGAAAAGAAAGCUUCAAAGGAUAUUAUGAAAAGCAAAAACCUGAGAUCCAUUCCCACCUCAAAUCAAGCUGGGAAAAAAGAAAUCUUAUCUGGAACAAAGCUUAUCAAGCCUGCAGCAUUGCAUAAACCAUCUCUGAAAACAGAAGGUUUACUAGAUACAACUAAGAAGUCUAAAGAUAAUACAGAAAUUGAUUCCAGUGGUCAGUUUCAGAAUGAGUCUUCUGAAUACCAAAGUGAUAACAAGGAAACAGAAUUAAUUUUAUUUAAAAGAGUUCAGGAAGCAGAGGAAAAAUGGAGGGGUGCACAAGCUAUAAUUGAGCAUAUUAAAGUUACAUUCUCAGAAAAAGAGAAAGAGCUGGAACAUAAGAUGGAAGAACUGAAAAGGCAACAAGAAAAGAAACUCUUAGAGCUGAAUCAAUAUAAUUAUAUUCUUCAAUCUAAGUUAAAUAGCUUUGAAGAGACAAAUAGAAAACAGAAGUGGUUACAUUUUGAAGCAACUGAUUCUAUCACUGAAGAAAAAUUGAAGCAAAUUCAAAAAGAAAUACAAGAACAAGAAACUCUUCUUCAGGGGUAUCAGCAGGAAAAUGAAAGAUUAUAUAACCAAGUGAAAGAUCUCCAAGAACAAAACAAGAAGAAUGAAGAACGAAUGUUCAAGGAAAAUCAGAGCUUAUUCAGUGAGUUAGCUUCCUUAAAAGAACAGAUGCACAAAAAUCGUGUUAUGUCUCAAGUGGUUGAAGAUUCAGAGCCCACAAGAAACCAGAGUUUUACAGAGCUAUUAGCAGAAUUACGAUUGGCACAGAAAGAAAAAUGCGGAUUUUUGGAAGACAUCAAACGACUAAAGCAAGACAAACAAGCUCUUGAAGUAGAUGUGGAAAAAAUUAAAAAAGAAAGAGAUCAAGCCAAAGAUCAAAUUGCUCAUGCCACAGGUGAAAAAAUAUAUGAAAUAAAGAUUUUAGAAGAAACCCAUAAACAAGAAGUUGUUCGUCUGCAAAAAAGAUUGCAGUGGUAUGCUGAAAAUCAGGAGCUUCUAGAUAAGGAUGCAGUUCGACUUAAAGAAGCACAUGAAGAAAUUGAGAAGCUCAAACUUGAGGUUGAGAGACUGAAAACUGAAUCUGCAAAUCCAUCUAUACAGCAGAAGAUACAUUUAAAUGAUAGAGCUGUUGAUGCCAAAAAAAUUCAGGAUCUAGAGCGACAAGUUAAGGAAAUGGAAGGAAUUCUAAAGAGAAGAUAUCCCAAUUCUUUACCAGCUUUAAUAUUGGCUGCAUCUGUAGCAGGUGAUACAGUGGAUAGAAAUACAGUGGAAUUUAUGGAAAGAAGAAUUAAAAAAUUAGAAGCUGAUCUGGAGGGCAAAGAUGAAGAAGCAAAGAGAAGCCUUCGUACUAUGGAACAACAGUUUCAGAGGAUAAAGAUUCAGUAUGAACAGAGAGUAGAGGAGCAAGAGAAGAUACUUGCCUACAAACUAACGGAAGCAUCCCAGCACCAACAUGAUGACUCCAGGGUUAAAGCACUGGAAAGGGAACUCAGCAACAUUAAGGAAGCCCAUCAGAUCACCAUCAAACACUUGGAAGCUGAAAUAGACACUCUUAAACAACAAAAGGCUGAACUCGAACUCAAGAAAAAUGAUAAAGACGAUAAAGACUUCCAGUCCUUAGAAUUCCAGGUAGAACAGGCACAUGCUAAAGCUAAACUGUUACAACUCAAUAAGGAGCUUGCUGCAAAAGGCAAAGAAAUACAAGACCUUUCAAAAACUGUGGAAAGACUUCAAAAGGAGAGAAGAGUGAUGUUAUCCAAUCAGAACUCCAAGAGCAGAGAAGUGACUUCAAAGAGGGCAAAGAAGGAUGUUCUUCACCCAAGUAAAGAAAGUGCUUUUUCUGGAACUCAGAAUAGCAAACUCUAUCAACCAUAUACGUUCACUGACUCCUAUAUUUCAGAGGUUUUACAAGAAAACUGCAGACUGAAAAAUGAACUUGAGGGGCUAAUCUUGGAGCAGAAUGAACUGAAGAAGAAAUCUGAAAUAACAGUGACCCAAUUUGAAAAUUCCAUUAAAAGGGUCAAGGAAGAUACUGCAGCACAUAUCACAUCUCUCAAGGCAUCUCAUCAGAGGGAGAUUGAGAAACUCCUUUGCCAAAAUGCAAUAGAAAAUUCUUCUUCCAAGUUAGCUGAACUAAAUCGUAAAAUAGCAUCUCAAGAGGUACUUAUAAAGCAUUUUCAAAAUCAAGUUAAUGAGCUGCAGGUAAAACAAGAGUCUCUUGUAGUUUCUCAAGUUCGAGAAGAAGUUCUGCAAAAGGAGAUUACAAAACUUAUGGAAGAAUUGAAAGAAGCCAAAGAAAAUCAUACCCCAGAAAUGAAACAUUUCAUGGGCUUAGAAAAGAAAAUUAAACAGAUGGAACUAAGACAUAAGCAAAGAGAGCAAGAACUUCAACAGAUAAUACAGCAGACAUGUCAAGUACUGGAAACUAAGGAAAACAAAGAAAUCGAGAAAUGGAAAAGACUUGCACAGUUGAAGAACCAAGAGCUAGAUAAAUUCCGCAGAGAAUUAGACUCAAUACUGGAUGUUCUUCGAGAGCUUCACCAGCAAGGGGUGAUUGUGCCAGUUGCUUUCGCUAAUGAAGUGAAUGCACCAAACUAUUACUAGAAAUUUGUAUUUCAUAUGAAAUUGUACCACCAUCAGAAGGAAGCCUUUGAAAAAAAAAUGUGCAUGUUUUUGUUUUCCAAAAACAAAUAGGAAGCAACAUUUUAAAAUAAAUUGCCUUUAGCCAAGAGAAAA